AUGGACGCCACCUUCUCUCCGCAGAGGUCCAACACAGACGAGGAGUCCACCUUGUCCCGUGCCAAACACGUCGAAAAGCACAAGGGCUACGGGUACCUGAUGCGAGACUGCAUCAUCGGCUUCGCAGAUGGCAUCACCGUCCCCUUCGCCCUCACCGCCGGCCUGUCCUCGCUCGGGCAGUCGAAACUCGUCGUCCUCGGCGGCCUGGCCGAGCUGUUCGCCGGCUCCAUCAGCAUGGGCCUCGGCGCGUGGCUGGCGGCGGUGACGGAGAAGCAACACUACGAGCUGGAAGAGGCACGCGAGUGGCGCGAGGUGCGCGAGAAGCCGACCGAGGAAGAGGAGGAGAUCUUCGACCUGUUUGCGGAGUACGGGGUGGAUCGGCAGGCGGCGAGGAGCGUGGUGACGGCGCUGAAGGCCAACGAGGACCAGUGGGUGCGGUUCAUGAUGGACUUUGAGCUGAAGCUGGAGAAGCCGGCCAUCAAGACGGCGUGUGUGGAGGGCUUGGUAAUGGGCGUGUCGUACUUCAUCGGCGGCCUGUUUCCCUUGGUCCCCUACUUUGCCUUUCCUCACAACACGCUGCACGGCCUAUUCACUUCGAUUGCGGUCACCGGGAUGGUGCUGUUGCUGUUUGGGUUCACAAAGGCCAGGUUGAUCGGCACGAGUUGGAAGGCAGCAUUCGCAGGCGCGAUUCAGAUGUUGAUAGUCGGAAGCGUUGCUGCUGCGGUGGCAUAUGGCAUUGUGCGAGCAGUGGACAGCAACCGCAAUCUGUGA